CCCGCAGGCUCCGCUGCUGCCGCCCUGCUGCCCGGUCACUGCUGCUCCGGGAUUUCGCUGUUCUUGGCUCGUCUGUGCUCCCAGGUGUGGAGCUGCGCAAAUGAGAAACAGGUGCCACCAUGUUCCUGAAUAAGUGUGAGGGGGAGCUGGGGGAGCUGCGGAAGCCGGGGGACGGCGAGGGGACCCCGCCGGCCGCCGCCGAGGAGGAGCAGCCCAAGAAGAAGCACCGGCGGAACCGCACCACCUUCACCACGUACCAGCUGCACGAGCUGGAGCGCGCCUUCGAGAAGUCCCACUACCCCGACGUGUACAGCCGCGAGGAGCUGGCCAUGAAGGUCAACCUGCCGGAGGUCCGCGUGCAGGUCUGGUUCCAGAACCGACGAGCCAAGUGGAGGAGGCAGGAGAAGAUGGAGGCCAGUUCCAUGAAACUCCACGACACGCCCGUGCUCUCCUUCAACCGGCCCCCCAUGACCCCCAACGUGGGGCCCAUAAGCAACUCCCUCCCACUCGACCCGUGGCUGACAUCCCCCAUCUCCAGCGCCACCACGGUCCACAGCAUCCCUGGCUUCAUGGGAGCCCCCCAGGCCCUGCAGCCCCCCUAUGCCGGGCACUCCUUCCUCAACACGCCCCCGCCCAUGGCGCAGGGCAUGCAGCCCAUGGCCCCCGCGCCCUACCAGUGCGGCACCCCCUUUGUGGACAAGUACCCGCUGGAGGAGGUGGACCAGAGGAGCUCCAGCAUCGCCUCGCUCCGCAUGAAAGCCAAGGAGCACAUUCAGACCAUCGACAAGACCUGGCAGCCCAUUUGAUGAACGCUCCCCUCCGAGCUCCCGGCCGCCGCUCCUGCCCCUGGUGCUGGCUCCACGGCAGGUGAGGGAGGACGGUGGGUGCUCAGCAGGACCAAAGCUGGCACCGGGCAGGGAUGCCAGCUGCGUCUUCCCCACACUGACCCAGGACUGCUGGUGUCAGGAGAGCGAGCCAAGUGCUGGCAGGACCCCACGGCGGGGGGGAAGCAAUCCAGGAGAGCCCCUUUGCCUCUCUGAGGCACAAGAUCAGCUGAGGACCUGGCUGAAGCUCCGGCAUCCCACUGUGCCACCGGGCCACCCACCACACCCCAGCUGGACACCUCCUUUCUCUACACCCCACUCCCUUUCCAUUAUUAUUAAUUUUUUUUUUUUAAUGCUGCAGAUUUAAACAAAACUGAACAGAAAGCUCUAGUUUUGUAGGAAGUACUUGGGGGGGAUGUUUUAGCUGUGUCAGGGCACGCUGCUGGUUGUGCCAGGAGAUGCAGCAGCGCCGA